AUGGCUCUGGACCGUAAAGACACGUCCAAGUCUCCCGACCAGGGGAGACCAUUGCGUGUCAUUGAUCUUUGCACUGGCACAGGCUGCAUACCACUUCUGCUGCACGCAUUACUUGCUCCUCAUUUCCAGCAGCUGGAGAUAAUUGGAGUGGACAUCAGUCCUACGGCCUUAAGUCUAGCCCAGGAGAACCUCAAGCAUAACCUGCAACUGGGCCAAUUAGAGCCCAGCGCAGCCACGGACAUCCACUUCCACGGCGCCGACGUCCUUGGACAUGGAAGUGGCCAUUCUAUGCCAUCCAUUGAGUCACUACUGCAAACUCAACUCCCUAAUUUUGGAUUGGACACCUCACCAUCCGACCAAGAAAGUGAAUGUGAUCUAUUAAUCUCCAACCCGCCCUACAUAUCCCAAAAGGAUUUCCGAAACGGCACUACUGCGCGUAGUGUACGGCGCUUUGAACCCAAGCUGGCACUUGUGCCUCCAUACUCCGGCUCCGGGAUAGAAGACUGCAUGCCCGAGGAUAUCUUCUACCACCGCAUUCUCACUCUAGCAUUCAAGUUGAAGGCCAAGCUUACAGUGCUGGAGUGUGGGGAUUCAAACCAGGCUAAUCGAGUGGUUGCUCUUCACAGGCGGCUUGCUACUGCUGAAUCCGGAAAGUUCAGUGCGGAGGUCUGGCCGAGUCGAGAGCAGGAUUUGGCCGAUAAUGGGUUUCAUGUGACUGACGGUUCGCGAGGGGUUAUUAUACGGACUCUUCAGUAA